AUGCAACCAGAACCCAAACGUCGCAAGAAUGGAACAACAACCAACCAUACAAGAACAGUAUCCGUAACAAUGACGACAAUGGCAACUGGUGAUAGCAAAAAGCGAACAAUUUCCAAUUCGCAACGGGAAGUGUGGAAGCUGGAACAAGAGAUUGUGGCUUCCAUGGUCCAAAUGGAGGCUGAUCCUCCAAUCGAUACUUCGGUCGUUCCCGACAACCCGCUCUUCCAUGUCAUUAAAGACGAUCACAAGGAUGUUUACUCUUUUUCGAGCAAUCCCGAGUUCUACGGUGGUGUCGAUGUCAGCUUCCCAGAAAAUGAAGAGGAUAAAGCUGUGGCAGUCUACGUCAUUAUCGAUAAACGAUCCUUGAGUUGCGUCUAUCGUGACUACAAAUACUUCAACUUGACAAUACCAUAUGUUUCAACUUUUCUUGCCUUUAGAGAGAUUGACCCACUGCAAGAGUUGGUACAUCGACAAGUUCGUGAAUAUCCAGACAUGACACCAAAAGCAAUAUUGGUGGAUGGGAAUGGUAUUCUCCAUCCAAGACACGCUGGAAUCGCCUGCUUUCUUGGGACGCGAACGAACAUUCCAACCAUUGGAAUUGGAAAGACCUUGUUGUACGAAGGCGGGUGGACACGAGAGCGACUUGCAGCAGCAAUUGACGACUUUCUACAAAACUUAAAUGAUACCAUUGGACAAAACUCACAAACUCUUCCUCCGCAGUUGAUGCACGUCCGAGGUACCAUCGUCCAACGAACCUCACCCGACCCAACCAACGGAGAAGCAAUGAGUCCCAAAACAGCAUCCAAGACAAACAUGCAGGAACCAAUGGAUCGAAAAACUCUAGUGACAGAGCUAUCCCACUUUUGCAAUGGACUUGCCAUUCCAUUAAGUGGCGCGGAUAAACGCUUUCCGAUCUUGGGUUGUGCAUUGGUGGGCCAUGGAGGUCAUAGCAAUUCCAAAAAGUCGAAUCAACUGAGUAGUGGUGGUACUAUCAAGCCAAUCUUUGUCAGUAUAGGGCAUCGAGUUUCCUUGACCAAGGCCAUACAGAUUACUGCAUCCUUGUGUCAGCAUCGAAUUCCAGAACCAGUGCGAAUCGCCGAUUUGUAUGGACGUGAGCUGAUGCGAAGUUCCGACAAGUCCAACGUCGAAGUAGUCGAUCCCAUGCAAGUGCAAGGCGACAGGGAGAUGGCGGCAACCAUGUCGUGA